AUGGAGGGCGGCUACGAGCGCUACUGGACCUUGCAAGACUUCUUUGCGUUCAACCAGAACCUCUUAGCCCUUCGCCAACAGGCCUGGACUCCGUUUCCUUAUCUUCAAUACCAAGCCUACCUGCCCCAAGCACUGGAGCCCCCAACCAAGCAACCACGCUCUGAGGCGAACGUAAUCAAUCGCCCCAGCCCUCCUUCAGCCAGCAUAUCCGACUCCUGCGGUCUCACCUCCUUCCGUUCAUGUUCCGUCGCUCCGUUCACGCUUCCGUCGGAAUCGUUCAGCAGCAGCAGCUGCGCGUCCUCCUCUAGUUCUCCUCGCCCGGUAGGCUCUACCGGGGAUUCAAACAGGGACGACUCUAGUUCUUCCACCAGCCGCUACGGGCCGCCGUUCAAAACGGCGCCCGGUUCUUUCGGCUCCGCUUUCGGGACGGCUUCUGAGUCCGCCACGUGUCCACUCGAGGGCUGCGCCACGUGUCCAGUUGCAGAGCACGUGUGGUCCAACCCAGAAAGCAGUUCGAGGCCCAGACUUCCCCCGCGUUUCUGGGAGACGGCUGGAGAGAGGAGAACGCGGAACGCCGUUGCGCGGAACGGUCCGAACUUGCAGCGGCUCCAGACGGAGUCGCGAGCUCUGCAGCAAGCGCUGUUGACCAACGAGCCGCUCUCAUUGCCGAGGCCAACUGCUAACUUCCUGCAUGAAAACCCUCAGAUGGGUCCGUGCGCAACAGGAGCGCCCCGCGGCCGCGGCCCGAGGCACCUAGCAGGCACCCGGGAGACGGCGAUCAGGCCUGCGGGCCCGCCUGAACAGAUGGUCGGGAGGAAACGCCGGUUGAUCGAGGCUUGGCAGAACGAACAGCUUCAGUGA